CUUUUGUGUGGAGGUGAGACGAGAACGCUUUUUUGCUUUUCGUCUGUCUCUCUCUCUCUCUUCACUUCCUCUUACCUCUCUGUUUACACGAUUCUUCUUCUUCUUCUUCUAUGUCUUAUUUCUCCAUUGGCAUUCACUUCUCUACACUCCGUUUUAUUUUUAGAGGAAUUACGAUUUGGGUCUCGGUUAUCGGCGAAUCAUUUACAGUGAUGACAGUAUAAUGUCUUAUGCUCAUCAUCAUCGCCGGGGACAUUCCUCUUUACGUCUAUGGAUUUUAAUGCCGGAGUUCCUAUGUCCUCUCUUUCACCUUUGAUGAAUCAAGAUGCAAUGUGGCAAAUAAAUUUGAGUUCAGAUGAAACAAUGGAAACUGGUUCUUACCCAGAACGACCAGGAGAGCCGAAUUGUUCUUAUUACAUAAGAACUGGACUUUGUAGAUUUGGCUCAACUUGUCGGUUCAAUCAUCCUCGUGAUCGGGAACUGGUUAUAGCCACUGCAAGGAUGAGAGGAGAAUACCCUGAAAGGAUAGGUCAGCCUGAAUGCGAGUACUAUUUGAAGACAGGAACCUGCAAGUUUGGAGUAACAUGUAAGUUUCACCAUCCAAGGAACAAAGCUGGGAUUGCUGGAAGAGUCUCACUCAAUAUGUUAGGCUAUCCUCUACGCUCGAAUGAGGUUGACUGUGCUUAUUUUCUAAGAACCGGACACUGUAAAUUUGGUGCGACAUGUAAAUUCAACCACCCUCAGCCUCAAGCAACAACCAGCAUGAUGGUUCCUACAUCAGGGCAACAGUCUUAUCCUUGGUCAAGAGCAUCUUUUAUUGCCAGCCCUCGAUGGCAAGAUCCCUCUGGCUUCACCCCAUUACUUAUGCCCCAAGGUGUUGUACCGGUUCAAGGCUGGAACCCUUACAGCGGUCAGCUCGGCUCAGUUUCUCCUUCAGGUACCGGCAUUGAGCACAACUACAGAAACUUGCAGCAGAACGAGACCAAAGAGCCAGGCUCUCAGUCUCAAGGGUCCUUCUCGGGUUUCGAUUCGGGCGCCUCUGUUCCGCUAGGAGGGUUCUAUGCAUUGCCGAGGGAAAGUGUUUUCCCGGAGAGACCCGGACAACCCGAAUGUCAGUUCUACAUGAAGACAGGUGACUGCAAGUUUGGCACCGUUUGCAAAUUUCAUCAUCCUAGAGACAGACAAGCUCCUCCUCCUGACUGUCUCUUAAGUCCCCUUGGCCUCCCUUUACGCCCGGGAGAACCCUUGUGUGUGUUCUAUACUCGCUAUGGAAUCUGCAAAUUUGGUCCGAGCUGUAAAUUUGAUCACCCAAUGCGAGUAUUCACAUACGACAACGCGGCUUCAGACACAGAUGAGGCUGUGGAAACAUCAGGUGGGCACACCAGAAGAGCCUCUGUGUCUGAAACAAGACAAGCAGCAACAACCUCUGCUAAAGACGCUACCAUUGAUACACAGCAGUGAAGAAGAAACAAAAGAAGAAAAGAGCUUAAAAAAAAGCUUUGAUUUUUCAAAGAGGAAUCUGUAAAUUCUCAUUUUCAUUUAAAUCUCAAGCAUAUUUAUUAAUAAAUGUAUAGAGGUGAUUAUACAAACUGAUCUUGAUCUUAUCUGAUCGCCAUUGUUGUAAUAUUAUUUUGGCGAAUCAGUUGAAUAAAUGAUAAAAGUAAUUUCCUCAAAUUUGACCUUUGGAGCAAAUAAGGUAACAUUGUGUUCCCGAUAUUAUGAUCCGG